GGGGUUUCUUCCCAGACAAGCCCAGAAGAUUGUGUAAUGCCCACUCCUACAUUACUGGUUUGCAUGUGCGCACACACACACACACACAUACACACAUAUACACAACCCCUUCUCCACUUGGCGCACAACACAACAAGCGCUGUAUUUACCAGUCUGCCUUCAGAUAGACCACCCGGUUGGAGCACAGACACUGAAACUGACUAGACUCAAUUUUGAGCUUUCAAGCAAUUUUCGACGGCACCUUGAGUUUCAACGGACUUCCUUCCUGUCGGAUUCGUUCCACUUUUGAUUUUUGGUGGCGUCCUCUUGGACUUUCUCUGCCCUGUUUGAUUUUUUCCUUUUGAAUUCUCUGCUUUACUGGGACUGUAUUCCUUUUGUGAAUGCUGAAGUUGGUGGGUGACCGUCAGAAAAGAGGAGGUGAAGUGGUAACCAUGUGGAUCCCGACCCCCAGCAUGACUCUCCCUCAGCGGAUGGUGCUGUAUGGGACAUGUGUCGUGGCGCUGAUGAACUCUGUGGGUCUCCUCGUGCUCUUGGUCCAGCAGAAUCAACAACGCGUCCUGCUGGAGCAGACAGGGGCGAAGCUGACGGAGGUGGAGCAGAGCUCGGUGGUGGAGUUCCUCCAGGAGGUGCCGAGAGGAGCGGCGGGGUUGAGGGCGAGAGUAGGGGACCAGCCUCAAUACCAGUACCAGUACUCCAGGAAUAAGAGAAGUGAGGAACUGGAGAAGGAGUUAAAGCAGGAGCUUCAGCAGGAGGACGGACUGGAGGUCCAUCAGCAGGAGGCCAGCCAGGAGGUGGGAGAGGAAGCAGAGAAGAAGAUGAAGGAUGAGAUGAAGCACAAGCACCGCCACAGACAGAGUUACCACAAAGCACACGUGCAGGAUGACAUGAUGAUGAUGAUGACUUACUCCAUGGUGCCGAUAAAAUUGUUGAUUGACAUUUGCAACAGCACCAAGGGAGUCUGCAUCGCUGGACCACCAGGACCGCCUGGUUUGCCCGGUGUGGACGGUAUGCCCGGCCACAAUGGGACUGAUGGCAUCCCAGGACUGAAUGGACAGCCCGGGGCCGAUGGGAAAAGAGGAAAAAAAGGUGAGAAAGGAGAUCCUGGUGAAAAAGGAGAGCGAGGAGAGCCUGGUCCGCCCGGAGAGAAGGGACAACCAUCCAAUGAUGUCAUUAUUGAGGGUCCUCGUGGUCCUCCAGGUCCUCCUGGUCCCCCAGGACCUCCUGGCCCUCAGGGACCGCCCAGAACAAGGCACCACAGAGCCAACCUUCAGGCUGCUCACACUCUGGGGCUGUUACAUGCAAUUCCAAAUGAUGAAACCUCCUCUGUAAGGGAGGCUGCGAAACUACACGAGAAACCUGCCAAGAAGAACGAGUGCCUGAUUAAGUCUUUGAUCAACCCCAGAAAUGUGACGAAGAUGGAGAGCACAUUUGGCACGUGGAUGAAAGACACCGCUCAGCUGAAUGAUGAGCGGAUUUGGGUGGCAGAACACUUUUCUGGUCGUGUGGUGAAGGAGUACAAAAGCAUUGCCUCCUUCCAGAACAGCAGCAGCGACAUUGUGGAUGUUAGAAAGUUCUUCCAAGGCUGCGGACACACCGUUCACAACGGUUCUUUCUAUUAUCACAUCGCUGGUACUUCCAGCAUCGGCAGAUUUGAUUUUCACACCAAGAGGCUUCACACUCUCACUAUCGACAACGCUUUGUACCACAACCUCGCCUACCUGCUCCACAACUCCAAGACCUACUUCAAACUGGCCGCAGAUGAGAACGGCCUGUGGCUGAUCUUUGCCUCCAGCAUAGACGAAAGCAUCACGGUGGCCGAGCUGGACCAGAAGACCUUCUCCGUCACGUCCUACAUAAACACCACCUACCCACGCACCAAGGCCGGCAACGCCUUCAUCGCCUGCGGUGUCCUGUACGUCACCGACACAAAGGACACCAGAGUCACCUUUGCUUUUGACCUGCUGAAGGGAAAGCCGGUCAAUGUGACCUUUGACCUGAGGUCUCCAGGCGGAGUGCUGGCGAUGCUCUCCUACAGCCCCAAGGACAGACAUCUCUAUGUGUGGGACCACGGCUACGUCAGGCUCUACGUGGUCCACUUCAUCUCCGAUGAGUAAAAAACACACUGUCUGAAAAAGGCAGACAACAUGCAGGUAUGACUGUUACAUGGUGAGAGCAAAAUGUCUGCUGACUACCAACUCUUCACUCCAAUCGUGAAUACUGGUCAUAUUUAAGUUUUCAAACACAUGUACACCAGGCUUGGGUGGUAUCAAGGAACUACGGGGUAUUUAGCAAUCCUAAAGCGAUGAUUUUCAGUUCUGUAAAAAGUACAUCCCAUCCAAUUUCUGUUUCACUGAUACAGAGAUGCUGUAUUAAGGCGAUUUGUAGUAGUGCACAACAUGCACCACCAGAGAUCAGUCUCUACGGGUGGAUUAAGCAGCUGAACUGAGAAAACUGGCGACUGUGAGUGGUGGGGAUAACGUUACAGAACCAAUAAAAAUGAAAAAUGCGCAUGCCCCUGUUUGGAAGUAUUGCCACUGAGCUGCAACCUCCAAUCUCAUACCGUUGCCACUUCGUCAAUGGACUUCAUAACACCACUACUGGUUUUGUCUGGCCGCGUUCUUAGCUGACACCAUCCAGCGUUGUUCCAUGUGCAUGUGAAAGGUGCCUUUUGGCAUUUGGCUCUCAAGCCAAAAAGCACUGACAAAGUGGCGCUUUUUUAAUGUUCAGAAUGAGAACACGCUGCAACCUCCGAAGCCAUCGCUGAAGUGCCAAAAACUGCAGUUCAUCAGAGGGCCACUUGAGGCUUGAAAUCCCCAUCAUGUGAAAAUGCCCAAAUUUAUAGCCUUAAUUAACAUGGUUACAGCCUGGUACAAAAAAUGGUUUUGGACCUGAUAGCUAAUUUCAACAUUCAUGAAAACUGUACAAACUGAUUUUUUUUCAAUAAAUCUCACCUGUGGACAAUUUAUUUAGGCCCAAAGUUAGGUGCUUUUACGGCGGGGCUGCUUGAGUGACGGGCUAACUGUGAGCCGUCGCUACAGCCUGAGUCGGGUCCGCCCCUCGUUCCUCCACAGCUCUAACUUCUUGUCCAAAUAUGGUUAUUUCUGGCUCCAAAACACAAGAUGGCAACAGCUGAAAUGUCAAGCUUUAGGCUUCAAAAUGGCAGUCCGCAGCGCAGUGGGUGACGUCAUGGUAGCUACGCCCGUUAUUUAUACAGGCCGUAAUCUUCAUCUUGACACGACUUUUUCCAACUAUAAUGGCAGUUUAUAAGCCUCAUUAUCAAACACAUCAUAUCCGUUCAGCUCACUGUCAUUAUCCACUGUUGUGUCAAGAAGGCGCUUAUUUCCAGUUCAGUUCAUUAUUCUGUGUGUUAGACCCGAAGAGUCAAUAAUUGCACAUUAGAAACACAGCGUUCUACGCUAGACAAUGACUUCAGUUACCAGUACCUCAGAUUUUUUGUUUUUUUGUCUGAACAGAAAUACCCUCAUAUACUGUAUACCCCCCAAAAUGUCAUU